AUGGUAGACCUCACCAUUGAGCCCCAACACUUGUGCUUCUUGUUCUUCAUCUUCCUCAUCUCAACCCUCCUCUGCUUAUGCCUAUCCUUUCACAGAAAACCCAGAAACCAAUUCAAGCUACCACCAAGCCCUCCAUCUCUACCCAUCAUUGGUCAUCUCCAUCUCAUUGGUUCUAUAUUACAUCAAUCCUUACAGAGUCUUUCCAACAAACAUGGCCCUCUCAUCAGCCUACAUCUCGGGGCCUCUCAUUGUCUAGUUGCAUCUUCAUCCUCUAUAGCUAAAGAAAUCUUCAAGACCCAUGACUUGAUCUUCGCCUUGCGCCCUAAAUUCGCCUUCGAAGAACAGACCAGUUUAUACCAUGGUUGUAGCUUCCUCAUGGCCCCAUAUGGUCCAUAUUGGCGUUUCAUGAAGAAGCUCUGCAUGACAAAGCUCCUUGGUGAACAGCAACUCAAGAGGUUUGUUUGUGUAAAACAAGAGGAGAUUCGACGAUUCUUGAAGAGAUUACUUAAGAGUUAUCAAGAUGGAAAGCCUGUGGAUAUGGGUGUGGAGUUGAGGGUUUUGACAAAUAACAUCAUUUGCAGGAUGGCAAUGAGCACAAGAAGUGCAGAGAGCAUUAAUGAAGCUGAGGAGUGCAGAGAAUUGGUUCAUGAGAUUAGUGCUGUGGGAGCAAAGAUGUGUUUAGGGGAGGUGUUGGGUCCUUUUGGGAAAUUGGAUUGGUUUGGAUAUCAGAGGAAGAUGAAGGAGGCUAUUAAGAGGUUUGAUGACUUGAUGGAGAGGAUCUUGCAAGAACAUCAGAGGAGACCACACAAGAACAAGAACAAUAAUGAUCAAGAUGGUGAAAGGGAAAAUAAGGAUUUAAUGGAUAUUCUGUUGGAGAUCUCUCAAGAUGAAAAGGCUGAGGUGAAGUUGACUCAAACUGGAAUCAAAUCUUUCUUCCUUGAGACUUUCAGUGGAGGCACCGAUACCUCAGCCAAAGCCAUGCAAUGGGCACUAGCAUUACUAAUUAACCAUCCUGGUGAAUUCAAGAAAGUGAGAGACGAGAUAGAGUUGAUGGUUGGCAAAACCAGACUAGUUGAAGAAUCUGACAUUCACAAACUCCCUUACUUGCAAGCAAUCAUAAAGGAAACUCUAAGACUAUAUCCUACAUUCCCUGUUGUGAGCAGAGAAUGCACUCAAGAUUGCAAAAUUGGAGGCUAUGAUGUGUUGAAGAAGACUAGGGUACUAGUCAACCUAUACACCAUCAUGAGGGACCCUAACUCAUGGGAGGAACCAAAUGAGUUUAGACCACAGAGAUUCUUUGUUAACUCCAAAGAGAGUAUCCAAAACCAGAUGAAGAACAACAAAUUCAUCCCCUUUGGUGGUGGAAGGAGAAGUUGUCCUGGUUCAUCCCAUGCCUUGACUGUUAUGUACAUUACAAUCGCAUCUAUGGUCCAAUGCUUCGAUUGGAAGAUCCAUGGAGAGAAUGGUGCAACUAGUAUUCCUGCCAACAUGGAACAUGGCUCAGAACUUACUCUAGGUAUGGCACACCCAUUGGUUUGCCUUCCUAUACCCCAACUAUGCCCAUUUAUUGCUUUCUCGUAA